CAAGCAAAAGUAUACAAGCAAUGAAGUAAGUGAAUUUGGUACCAGUAUAAUUUUUUGAUAUUUACAGCCUACCAGAUGGUUUACAUUUUAUGUUUAUAUUUAUUAGCUUUCUAAAAGUACUGGUGGAGAAUUAAAAUACAAGAAUAUUAAGCAUAUUACAUUUGCCAGAAAGUUUGAUUUGUUUAAGUUUGAUUAUUCAAUAUGGCCGCAUUGGCGUACGCAUAAGAAGUGCUGUGGAACUGUCGCAGAAUACUACCAGUAAUUGCAGUAAACAUUAUGGUGAUAUUUGAUUGAACAGAUAAUUGAUGUACACGGCAUUAGAUCGUUAUUAAUUAUUAGAUUAUUAACAAGAUGGGAUUUGUAAUUUCAAGUUUGAUGAUAGUGUACUAGGUAGUUUUAUUUUGGUAACAUGAGGAUCGAUCGUAAUCGCAUUCGCAAAGGUACUUCAGAAAUACCCCCUGAAUGCGAGGGGCUUAUUGAGAAGUUAUUACUCUGCAGUCACUUGGAACUGUUGGAGGAAUUAUCUAAAAUCAGUACGUGGACAUUUGGAAAAUGUGAACUUUAUCAUUGGAUCAACAUAUUGGAUACUUUUGAUAGGAUACUAGAAGAAGCUGCAGAACCUUUCCCUGAUAAUAAAUGGGCUCUUAAUUGUGAUGUAAAUUAUAAUAGUACAGAAAAGAAACUUCUACUAUGGACCCUCCAUUUCACUACUUUAUUAAUCGAACAUUCGUUCUCUCGACAUUUAUACAACUCAAUGGAGCAUCUGGUGACUUUGUUGAGUUCCAGCGACAUGUCUGUCGUUCUUGGAGUCUUAAACUUACUGUACAUGUUCUCAAAACGAAGUAAUUUUAUUACUAGGUUACCUUCUGAUAAGAGACAGGCUCUUUUGUCUAGAUUACAUUAUUUAGCAGAGAGUUGGGGUGGAAAGGAAAAUGGCUUUGGCCUAGCCGAUUGCUGUGAUCCUAACAAGCCCAUACCCCCUUCAGCGACAACGUUACAUUUUGAAUUUCACCGAGAACAUUCAACAGAAAAAGAAAAAGUUGACCCCAAAGAUCCAAAAUCAAAAAAUAUGUGUUACAUACAUGUUGAAAACGUUGAUAAAAUACAUAAAACGCCGGCCGAAAUUAUGAAGGGACUUACAUGUAUAUACUAUAUACCUCCAGAUAAAGAGAUGUGGCUUUUCACUCACGUGCGACUAGCUCACCUAUUUGCAGAUUAUAAAAACAGAUUACUCUGUGUACAGGCUCGUCUACAGGCUUUGUCUGUGUUAGUAUAUUCAAAUGCAUUACAAGAUACAGCCCACACCCUACUGUACAAUGGACUGUUAGAAGAAUUAAUAGAGUUAGUUGAACUGAAGCAACCCUACUUAGUGGAAAUUAGAUCUGCUGCACUUAGAACCCUAACUUCUAUUAUUCAUUUAGAUAGAAAUCCCCAUUUUCCAAAAAAACCGGGCUCUCGACUUAAUAGCAUAAUUGACGUGACAGGCGCAAGUCAAUACCAUGGAUUUUUGCCAGUUUUGGUACGUAACUGUAUAGCCUCUUUAACAAAACAGACAUCAACAAAGGGCACAACUGAGACAAAACCAGAAAACGUAGUGAAAGUAAAAGAAACCGAAGCGCCAGCUGCAGCUGUAGAACCCCUUUCAGGUGGUUCUUCACCAGAAUUUAGUGCUGGAACGUCAUCAAGUGGUUCGUUUACUGACUUUGGUGAUUUUAUUGCUGAACCUCCAACAGGACAUGAAAUGUUAAGCAAGUAUAUGGAAUACGUUUCAGAAGGAGCGGGCAAUCAACAAGCUGAUGAGUCGCAGUCCAAAUUCCCGUUACCUCUUGCUACUGCACUGUUUUCAUUUUUGUACCAUUUAGCUAGUUAUGAAGCAGGUGGAGAAGCCCUCGUGUCAUGUGGAAUGAUGGAAUCACUUUUACAAGUUAUAAAUUGGCAUGGGGUAGAGUUGGAGCAUAUUACUUUUGUAACGCGAGCUGUGAGAGUUAUAGAUCUUAUUACUAAUAUGGAUAUGCAAGCUUUUCACUCCCAUGGUGGUCUUCAAAGUUUUAUCAACAGAUUAGAGGUUGAAGUAAGUCUUUGUCAAGAAGAGGAAUUGUAUGAAUUUAAAAACUCUCAAUCUUCUGAAACACAAGCUAGUGGUAGUAGUAAUACAGAUAAUCCAGAAGAAAAUAAGGCAGUAGAGAUAGUUUACAAAGCAUCAAAUCAAGGAAAAACUUGUUUGCCACAAAGAGCAGCCCUUUUGAAGUCCAUGUUGAAUUUUUUAAAGAAAGCUCUUCAGGAUUCCAACUUUUCUGACAACAUUCGUCAUCUCAUGGAAGGCAGUUUACCAAAUUCAUUAAAGCAUAUUAUAUUAAAUGCAGAAUAUUACGGUCCAUCCCUCUUUUUAUUAGCAACUGAUGUGGUAACUGUUUAUGUAUUUCAAGAACCUAGUCUUUUAUCUACGUUGCAAGAUAAUGGUUUAACUGAUAUUAUUCUACAUGCACUACUUUGUAAAGAUGUUCCUGCUACACGAGAAGUUUUAGGAUCUUUGCCAAACGUUUUUAGUGCUCUCUGUUUAAAUAAUAGAGGACUGGAAGCAUUUGUUAAGUGUAAACCAUUUGAUCGACUCUUUAAAGUUCUUCUUUCUCCUACUUACUUAGCUGCUAUGAGACGACGACGAAGUUCCGAUCCAUUAGGAGAUACAGCAUCAAAUUUAGGUAAUGCUAUGGACGAGCUUAUGCGCCACCAACCAAGUUUGAAAGCAGAUGCUACAAGAGGCAUAAUUAAACUUCUUCAUGAACUCUGUUAUUUAGGAACAGAGUCUAAAUAUGUCUGCUGGAGACCACACAGUAAACAAGAUCCUCAAAGUACUUCAAAUACACCUAGACCUUCCACUACCACUGAGGGUAAAAUUCAUAAAUGAACUUCAAACCAAAGAGUAUUAAAUUUCCUUUUAAUAGGAUCUUCGGACGAAGAAGAUGACGAUGAAGAAGAAGCCUCAACAUCUUCUCAAAAUCAGAGUGAUUCUCAAGUUCACGGAAGAAGCGAUAACAAAACCCCUAUUGCUUUAGUCGAUUAUAUUUUGAACGUUAUGAAAUUAAUCGAUGCGAUUUUAAGUAAUAAUUCUACAGACGAUCACUGUCGUGAAUUUGUGAAUCAGGGUGGUUUAGACCCCUUAUUAAAAAUUCUUGGUCUACCCAAUCUGCCCGUCGAUUGUCCUGUAACAGCGUCAGCCCAGGCUGUCGCAUCCGUCUGCAAAAGCAUCUUAAACCUUGCGCAUGAACCUAAAGUCUUAAAGAAAGGACUGGAACAGUUGAAUGAAGUCUUGCAAAAUUUAAAACCCCUUUACACGAGAUCACCAGAUGACCCUCCUGGAUCAAAACUAUUACACGAAUUGGCGAGUGCUACACACUUAGAUUCUGCUUUUUCAAAUGCAAGUGUAACCCCUCUUCUGCAUGCAAUGGGAGCUGCACAUGGUUAUGUUCUAAUGUUUGUUCACGUUUGUCGAACUAGCCAAAGUGAUACUCGCGCCCUUUCUCUUCAACAUUGGGGCUCAGAACAAGGACUUAUUGUACUUAAAGGUUUAGCUGAACUUUAUACUUCUCUUGUGUGGGAAAGUACUCUGCUAUUAGCUUUAUGUAGCGAAGAUGUUAUCCACGGAAAGACAUUUGAUUGCGAUUUUAAUCGCGAAGAUAUGAGGAAACUUAAUAUUCCAGAUCCAGAUAGGGCCGAAUGUACUUGUGCUACUACUGAAACGCCAGUAGACACGACAGCGAACGUCGCUUAUGCCAUGAGAGGUCUUUCGACAAAUCCUCCGCCUCUUUGUAUGGAAAUAGAUGGCGAAGCAAUAGCUAUCAAUAAGCCGACAAGCCAACAGUUAAAAUACAUAAAACCUCUUCUUGGCGCGUCCUCGCGAUUAGGUAGAGCUUUGGCUGAACUGUUUGGCCUUUUGGUUAAAUUAUGUGUAGGUUCUCCAGUUAGACAACGACGCGGUCAAAAUAUAGUGUCUAGUCCCCCUUGUCCAGGCCCGUAUGCCAAAGCUGUAGCCACCGCUUUAAAUUAUCUUCUUGCCAAUGGUCUGAAUGCAGAAAAAUUACCUCCAAGUCCUAUUCCAAAGUUUAGGUUGACAUUCCUUAUAUGUAGUGUCGGUUUUACGAGUCCCAUGCUUUUUGACGAAAAAAGAUAUCCAUACCAUCUGAUGCUCCAAAAAUUUGUCCAACUUGAAGGUCUCACUACAUUCUUUAACACGUUCAAAUGGGCCUUAAGUGCUGGAGGUACUAUUCCUUUUGAUGAAGGCAUUGAACAUGCUGAUUUACCAGAAGGUACUGGUGAAUUUUUGGAUGCCUGGCUGAUGCUUCUUGAAAAAAUGGUUAAUCCGAAGGCCAUUCUAGAGUCUCCUCAUGUUGUUUCUUCAAAAUCGAAUUCAGCAGCUUUUAAAAUGACAGCAUUUGACCCUCUUAAAUACCUAAUACAAAUGCAAAAAUUGGCUUUUGAUGCUGUUAUGCUUCUUUGGGACAAACGUCCUUUACCUAACUAUGGAUUACGUAUGAGCGAAUCUAUUCUUACCAUAUUAAGACACAUUCUAAGAGCGGAAAAAAUUAUCAACGAACGUCUGAAAGAUAUGGACAAAAAAUCCGAGCCCGCUGCUACUUCCUCCACAAGUAGAGAAGUCGAUGUUAAUCAAGAUCACUUAAGGCAACUUAUGGACAUGGGGUUUUCACGUGAACAUGCCACAGAGGCUCUUUUACAUACUCUAAGUUUAGAGCAAGCCACUGAUUACCUUUUAGCACAUCCCCCUAACCUGGUAAGGCCAGGAACAUCUACUAUGGAUGUAGAUGAAGACGAACAAGUUAUGCAAGCAAUUGCAUUGUCUUUGGGAGAUUCGGUAUCUGGUAAAAAGAAAGAAGAGUCUGUUGAAGACGAUAUGACACCAUUAUCAAGAGAGAAAAUAAACGAAUUCACCUCGAAUGCUUUACAAAAUACCUUGUUACUUAUUGAACAAAUACCGGAAGUUGUUUAUAAAGUUUGUGACCUUUUGGUUACAAUUAUGAAAAGAAACGGACCUGACUUUAGAGACGAAGUUCUAGAUAAAAUUCUUACCAUAAUUCGUGGUUAUGUUGUAGACAUACUCGAAAAAAUUUAUAACAUUUCCUUCAAAGAUUUUGUAGAACUUAUUUACGAUUCACAGAGGGCUCAUCGACUGGGGUGUUUCACCCACUUAUACGUUUUGUUCUUCGAAGUUCCUUCAUAUUUUGAAAUGCGUAUUCCAUCCGCCUUAGCAGUUCACAAAUCUGGUAUGUUAAGAAACAUGCUGGCUUUAAUUUGUCUAGCAGAACAUGCCAUGUCAACUGCUGAAAAGAAAGUUGAGCCUAAAUGGUUGACACCUUUCUUGCUUCUGUUGGAUUCUGUAGGAAAAGUAGCUACUUGCUCCCAAAGAAAAUGGAACAUGCACUUAGUUACAAAUAGAGUUUGGAAGUGGUAUGAUUUAGUAACUGGGAAGUGGACGCCAUACUCUACAACCAACAACAAACUUAUUAAUGAAGCUUACUGGAAUGGAGAGCAAAGUAUUAGAGUAACGUGCGGAAGACGAAGAUAUACCAUAACAUUCUCAAACAUGUUACAAUGUAACGACGAAAGUGGAAAUAAUCGACCAAUAUCGAUGACACCAAGGAACCUCCUUAAUGAUCAAACUCAAGAACCAAUCGAAAUGGCAAUUGCUGAUGAUUCACUGUUAAAUGAAAAAGAACAAAAACGUUGCAGACCUGUGCCGAAUUUGUUAAGAAAACAAAAUAUAGAACUUGUAAAGAUCUGCGUUAAACUUAUGCAUCUUCAGAUUGAUAAAGACCUUCUGCAUGCCAUUAUGCGUGUCUGCUUACGUCUUACAAGAAGCUUUGAAAUUGCGAAUAUAUUUGUACAAGAAGGUGGUGUUAGAUGCUUGUUAAAUAUGAGACAAACAGCCGCAUUUAGUGGCUACGGCCCGCUAGCUACCAUUUUAAUCCGUCACACUUUAGAAGAUUCCCAAACAUUGGCACACGCCAUAGAAAAGGUGAUCAGAGGUCGCACUUUACCGUCAAUACCUCCACCUUACAGAGAAUUAAUGUAUAUGGUUAGACAGAUUGGUGGUGCUGUGACACGAUCUCCAGAGACUUUUUUCCAAGUAGCCAAGAACAUUUUACGUGUUGAUUGUAGUAUAUUUAGAAGAAACGAUGAAAUUGAUUCACGUUUGCCUAUGCGUGCCGAACCAUCGAAACAUUCUCACCCUCCAAAUAUGGAAGAGUUUUCUAUAAGAGUAAUUUACGAUUUGUUGAAUGUCUUGGUUCAACCUUUGGAAUUAGACGCCCCAGAUAUAAGUGAAGCUUCAGCAUCUAAAAAGGUUAAUAGCAAACAACGUGAAACUAUGUACCAAAGAGCUUCGUCUCUUCUAAGUGGAAAUGGAAGUUCAGAAAUGCUCAACAUCGACAGUCAAGAUGAUUCGUCUUCUACACCUAUUAUGAGAGUGAAACUGACUAGAAACGGAAGUGAAACAAAUAUAGAUAAAAAAUUGGAGCAAGAAAUGGCUCGAAAACCUUUACUAGCAAAGCACACUAUUCUGAAAAUACUAGCAGACGCCGUCGUUUCUUAUGGAGCUGUAGCCAAACUUGUUACAGACUACGUGUUUAAAGCAGGCUGUUCUGAAUUUAUAACCGAAGACUGUACUGCAUUAGCUUUCAUGUUUGACAAACUUCUUCCUAUAACCGAAAAUAGUUCUGAUCGCGAUUGCUCUAUGAUGUGUCGUAUGCUGAUAGCAGCCAUAGCAUCCUGCAAUCACUCACCUGAAGCGCAAAUAACAUUGGUCGGAGAAGUAAAAUCUGCCUUAAUAAGGGCACUCAUGAUGCAAGAAUCAAUAGAAAAACACACCCAAGUUCAGUUGUUAACUGGUAUUAUUUGGACAGUAAUUGAAAAUUGCCCACCUGCCAAUAACCAAAUGAGAGUCCACAAAGCUCAGUCAAUGAGUAGUGGUCAAAUGAAUAACAUGGUGAAACUGAUGUUAAAAAAAGGAAUUUUUAAUGAUUUGGCCCGGGUUCCACAUUGUCUUGACUUGUCAAGUCCGAAUUUUCCAGCUACUGUAAACAGUGCUCUUAAACCUAUGGAGGCUCUGUCUAGAAUUGUGAAUCAACCUGUGACUGGUAACGCAUCAUCAAAUAAAUCAAACAAAAAGAGCUCUCAUAAUAAUUUAGAUGAUACUGGGGUCACACAAAGUGGUACCACAUCAACCGAAGCUACAAAUGCACAGGGUGAAGAAACCAUCGAGGAUACAGAAAAUACAGACCACGACAUUUCUGCAGUAGCUUCAAGUUUAGAAGCAAAUCCGGAAGCAACAAAUGUCCCCGAAGAAAGCGACCAUGUUUUAGUAAAUAUAAUGGAUCAGUUACUCGAAAGAGGAAAUGGUGAUGGUGGGAGCCGCAGUUAUAGUGAAGUUGCGUCCAGUAGAAAUCAUCAUGGUAUGGAUAUUGAUGAAGAUGCUAACAUGAGUUAUGACAAUGAAAGAGACGCUACUGAAGAGCUUAUGAGUACAGACUCUGGAGACUCAGAUUCAAAUGCAUCUGAUCAGGAAGUAGAAGACGACGAUAACGAGAAUGAUGUGGAUGAUGAAGAUAUCGACGAAGGGGAUGAAAACGACGAAAAUAAUUACGACGAUGACGACAAUAACGAGGGAACGGAUAAUUUCGAUGAUAAUUCAGGAAUUUUCCAUAUAGCUUCAAACACAGACAGGGACGAUGAUGACAUUCUAAUGAUUCAAUAUGCUGAACAUGAUACUGAUAACGAAACCCUUCCUCGUGUACGCUGGAAUGAAAAUGGAUUUGCUGUUCCAAUAUUCGAUGAACCCAGCAACAGUGCUGAUCAAUCAGUUCCGAUUAUUCAUCCCCUGUUGGUCUCCCGUCACAACAACGAAAAUACAACAACCACUGCUAACAGAAAUCAACGUACCAAUCGCGCAAGAAGAUACCAGUACCUACACUUCAACCCGAGAAAUUCUAAUCCACCUGUUAUCUUACAAAGAUAUGCAUUGUCCCUUUCUAGACUUCUGGGUCCAGCAGCGGCUCAGAAUCUUACUCUCGGAAGCAACCAACUCAUGAAUUCUCCUGGUACCCAUGAAUCAGCUAGAGUAGUGGUUAUGGACAACUUCAGCUUAUUUCCAACCGCAGAAGAACAAAUAGAUCUUGUUGACCAGUCUGGAUACUUGUUUGGUCCUAGUUUAGCAGCCACAUUAAACUAUGUACCACCGUUCCUUCACUGGUGGAAUGAAGAAUCAAAAUUAUUAGACGUAGAGUCUACCUAUGACAUAACCAUUUUGGUAUGUUAUAAACUAAUCUGUCCCUUGAUCAAAGCGAGAAAUGUUGAAAUGGCUGAAAGAAAACGUAAACGAGAAGAGGAGGAAACUAAGUCGAACAAAAACAAACAGAAACCUGAGGAAGGUAAACAUGAAGAGCCCCAAAUUAAGAAUGCAUUCGACUUAAAUGUUACUCUUCCUUCUGUAGAAAAUGUUGAAAUCGACUCUGAUAAUAACUCAGAACAUUCUUCUGCACAAGUUUCACAGGCAAAUAAUGAACAAUCUCAGUCAGAACCCGAGCGAACGAUAAUAUCAAUUCCUACACUUGCAAAUGUGGAAAAUACUUUACAAUCUAACAGUGUCAACCAGCAAGCAUGGCAAAUUGAUCAACCAAUCCCUGACUUGUCACAGAAUCUAGGAAAUAACGAAAACGGUUCCACCUGGGUGCAUGAUUCUGAUUGCAUUACCGUGGGUGGCGAACAGGAAAAUCAAAUAGGACAACCGAUUCCUGUCGUUCAUUUACCAUCAAGAUUUGAGAAUGUAGAGAAUGAAUCAGGUUGGAUGCGCGAAAGCAACGACGCUAUUCCUAACAGAACUUUGCAACAAAUAGCAGAUGCAGAUCGAGUCCUACAAGCACUGGGAAAUAUCGAAUUUACUUCAUACGAGCCUAUUGAAGUUCCUGAUUUUGUUUCAUCUUCCAAUUCAAGAGACGAAAUACCUCAAUUGCCACAAAAUUAUUUUUCUCGCAUUCCUACUCCUCCACCAUUAGAUUUUGGUUCAGGAGGAGCUACUAAUGCUCCUGAUGAUAGUAGACUCCCUGUUUCUAAUGAAAAUGAAGAACUAGAAGAUGCUGAAGACAGUGAAGAUAAUGAAGAGGAUCGUAAUGCAGCAAAUGCAGAGCCUAGAUUUUCGACGUCCAUGUACCCGAGCAUUUUUUCGCUGAUAACAGUUGAUGAAACAAAUGCUUUACAACAAAGUUUAGACAGUUUACGUUCUAGUCUUCGCGAAAGGCAAGAAAUAUUUGAACGACGACGUCAAGAACAACAAAAUGUGACUCAGCAAUCUGAACAACAGCAAGAAAUUAGCGACACAGUCGUGCUGGAUUCUAAUUCAUCUGAAAGUGAAACAUCUUCAAGUAAUGUCGCUGAAACUGCUUCUGCUGCUGCCGCUACUAGCAGAACGGUUACAACUGAAAAUGCAAAUCCUACAUCUUCAAAUAACGAUUAUACUACUGCAACUGAUGAUAAAAACCCAGUUCCUCAAACUCAAAAUCAAGAAGAAAGCUCAGGUGCAAGUCAAAUACAAACGGAAGCUGCAAGUGCUAAUACUGAUGUCAUAAUGGUAGAAGAAACUGCAAGACCCGCAGAUGGAAACGAAGAAAUCCCCGAAGGUGUUGAUCCAUCGUUCUUAGAGGCUCUGCCUCCUGAAAUGCGUAGAGAAGUUCUAGAUCAAUGUAGAAUGUUACGACUUCAACAACGUGCUUCUGCUCCCAGUAGCAGUUCUGAUCAAGCAGCAGCCGGAAGUUCUGCAGAAGUAAGUCCGGAAUUCUUAGCUGCAUUACCACCUUCUCUACAGGAAGAAGUGUUGACCCAACAAAGAUUGGAACAACAACGUCAAGCUGCUGCUCGAGCAAAUCCUGAUGAACCAGUUGACGCCGGAGCGUUCUUUGAAACUUUGCAGCCGUCUCUACGGACAAUGAUCUUGUCAGACAUGGAAGAUUCACAAAUGUCGGCUCUUCCUCCAGACUUAGCAGCAGAAGCGCAAACCUUAAGAAGAGAUUGGGAAGCCCGAAACAGGCAAAUGAUGCAAGAGCGCUUCUUCCAAAGUAAUCUUACUACUAUUAUUCGACAAUCGGCAAGAAGUCGUCUAGGAACAAGGAUAAAUACUCACAUGAUUCCCCAAAGAGCGCAGUGGGGAAGUUGGGGAAGGGCUGACUUUGUACAAAGUAAUUCUGCGCAAAACAUGAGAGUUAGAGGAAGACAACUUCUAGAUCAUGAAGCUCUUUCUUGUCUCUUAGUGUUAAUAUUUACCGACGACCCAAAGCUUCAUACUUUACGACUUCACAGGGUGAUCAGAAAUCUUUGUUAUCAUGCACCUACUCGAGAAUGGAUAGUAAAGUCUUUGCUGUCGAUCAUAGAGAGAAGUGUUCAAGCAAAACCAGAUGAAAAUCUUAACAAGCCGUUACGUCGCACACCGAAACCUGGUCCAUUAAUUAGCAAGCUCCUAACAGAUGCUCGACACCUUAAUAACGGUGCCAGUUGGUUAAAUAUCAGGAUGGAGGCUGCUUUAGGUUGCCACGCAAAUGUAUUUUUAGUUAAUCGUAUACCAGGCAAAAGAAGCGAUCGUUCAAAUGCAGCAACUGUUACCAUUCAUCCUCAAGCUGCACCGAUUGUUUGCAAAAAUGCGUUGGAUUUACUGAUAUCACUCUCCAAAAGUUUUCCUACGUUUCUAGUACCGAUUAGAGUAAGGGAAAAAGACGACAGUAAACCAACACCUUCUCCUUCUAAAAUUAGGCCAGAAAGUACUGAUUUCUGGGAUAUGCUUCUCAAGUUGGAUUCUGCUAGCAACAAGAAAGGAAAGAGCCUGGCCAAAGUGCACACAAACUUGAGUCUUUGCUUAGACGUAGAAAACACAAACGUUACGUUCGAACAAUCGGCUUUUGGACAAUUACUUACUAUGCUAUCCUCUCCCAUUAUUUACCGUAGUAUGCAACUGACAGAUAAAUUGCUUCGAUUAUUGUCUGUGAUAACGACUGGAAUGCCCGACCUAACUAAAAAUACUGGAUCAAAGCCGAAAAAGCAAGUUCCUAAAUUUGAUUGUAUUACAGCUCCUGAAAGCGCUCUUAAUCUAGCAGUUAAAGUUCUUACUUACAAGAGUUGUUCUGAAGAAGGUCUCGAAGAUGUAACAAAUCUUUUAUUGAAUUUAUCCAACUGCUCCUUGGUAAUGAGUUACACUAUUUUUAAUCUUCUGCUUAAUGGUGCUAUUCGUAUUGGAGAAACUGUCAAGGAACAAAUCCAGAACAUGUUAGAAGAACUUAGAAACUUAAACAACGCUCAAAAGAAACGUAAAACUGCAGAAGAUCCUGGACCUAGUACAUCAAAGGGUGUAGUAUCAAAUAGAUUCACCAAAGAGAACGUGGUAAUUACUGCUUCUUCAAAAGUUAAAACAUCUUGUGAUCUUCAGUUACCUUCAAUGGCCCCACUGACAUCGAAGACAUCAAGUCAAGUUUUCUUCCUGAGGGUACUGAGAGUUAUCGUUCAAAUUCGGGACGCAAUAAAAAAAGCACCCAAGAAAGACGAAGAAGGAGCAACUGACGCAAAAAAAGAAAGAGGUGAAGCAGAUGGAAAAGCAACCUCAGAAGAAUACGAUAUGUUUCCGGAAAAUGGUUCUAACACUGCGAUAGUUCCAGCUUUAAGUGAUCAAUUGAAAAGUUUAGAGUCACUUUGGGAAACUUUAAGUGCAUGUCUUUUAGAGUUGGAGCAUACUCCAGAUCAUCAUGCAGUUCUAGUUUUACAACCGGCAGUUGAAGCGUUCUUCUUGGUUCAUUCUCCACAACAGGGCGCAGGAGACAAAGAAGCUUCCUCCAAAGAAACUAAUAAAUCUCCCGAUAAUGACAUGUCUCUUUCAAGUAGUUCCUCUGCUACUUCUCAUUUCCCUGAACCUGAUCAAAACAGUUCAGAAGGAAACGCUAAGACCCCUGUUCCUCCUGAUCAGUUGAAAUUCUUAAUAUUUGCCGAGAAACACAGAACUGUUCUUAAUCAAAUUCUUCNUGUUUUCAGUCUUGCUGCUUCAAGAGCUUUAUUAAACUUAUUUUGA